AUUACAAUGACCUGCGAGCUCCGUACUGCCACAGACCAGAUGCUGGCCAACCAGCAGCGCAUCGGGGUUCAGAUCGAGUCUCUGCUCGACCAAGUCCGCACACUACGCACGCAACACAACCACUGGGCGCCCGUCUCCCGCCUCCCGCCCGAGCUCCUCUCCCUCGUCUUCCACCACUGCGUCUACUCUCCAGCCGACUACCCCCGUUGCUCCCCGGGCGGCUCCGGCCCCGCGACCCCGUCGCUCCCGCUCUCGACGCGCCUCUUCCCGUUCAUGGAGGUCUGCCGUCACUGGCGCGCCGUCGCGCUCAACUGCGCCCCGCUCUGGUCGAACGUCGCCUGCAUCGACGCCUCCCUCACCGCCGAGCUGCUCUCGCGCUCCAAGGACGCCCCGCUCGACAUCCUCGCCUACGGGCCCUACGUCGCGCCCACGCGCCUCGCGCUCUCCGAAGUCCGCCGCGCGCGCCGGCUCCAGUUCCUCGCCGUC